AUGGCCGAAACGGUCGUACAUAGCAAUUUCGCAAUUGAAACCUUCGAUUCCACGACCACGAAUUGGAAACGUUGGCUUAAAAGAUUCGAAGGGGCUGUUACAGUUUUUAAAAUACCGGAUGCGCAAAAAGUUGCUUACUUACUACACUUUAUUGGAUCGAAAUCUUUCGAUAUUAUUUGCGAUAAAUUAGCGCCACUCGAGCCGUAUACGCAGACGUACGCUACAAUUACGUCUCAUUUGGAGGAAUUUUAUGCGCCGACGCCAUUGGAAAUUGCGGAGAAUUACCGUUUUCAUCAACGGAAACAGACCGAAGGGGAAAGCAUACAUCAAUUCGUGGCGGCUUUACACAAAUUAAGCAUUAAUUGCAAUUUCGGAAGCUACCUGAAGACCGCGUUGAGAAAUCAAUUCGUUUUUGGACUGGUGAGCAGACGUACACAAGCAAGGCUAUUGGAAACCAAGGAAUUGUCAUUUGACAAGGCAGUGGAGAUCGCCCUCUCGAUGGAAUUGACGGAAAAGGAUGUCAAUCAGAUUCAAGCAGCAGGAUCGGCGACCGUGGAGUACAUGGGUCAUAGGGAACCUCCAAGCACCAAAAAGGGCAGGCAAACCCAGCAUAAGAACCCGAGUUCAUUUGCGAAAACAAAGCGAUCACCACAAAAUACAUAUAAUAAUAAUAGUAAUAGUAGUACACAUUAUCGCGUGAAUAACAACGUCUCAUGUUUCAGAUACGGCGGUAAACAUUUAGCGUCAAAAUGUUCUUUGAAUAGAGAAAUUGUAUGUUCAAACUGUGGCGUCAAGGGACAUUUAGCUAAAGUGUGCAUGAAAAAGAAUAGGGCGUCGGCGAAUCGGUUGAGCGAUGUUCUGUUGGUCAACACGGAGCAUAUCCGGCACCGGGAGAGGUAUUUUGCGCGGGUUCUCGUGGAAGGCACGGAGGUACGUUUUGAAAUAGACAGCGGAGCGGCAGUAACGAUUGUAGGUAAGAACUUCGUUAAGCAACAGUUUCCAGAUGCACAAAUUGAAAAGUCAGAGCUACAAUUGUUUACAUUCUGUAAAACCACAGUUCCGGUAAUAGGCUACGUAAAGGUACGGGUUCAAUAUAAGGGGAUGAGCAAAUUAUUACACAUGUAUGUUACAAGUAUGAAUAGGGAACCACUAAUGGGACGAGAGUGGAUUCGACAAUUAACCGUACAAUUAAAUGAUACAGUCUGGGUUUUAAGCGCGAAUAGAGAGCCCGAAUUACAGUCAAUUCUACAAAGGUACCAAAGUAAGUUAGACCCGUCAUGUUCCAAAAUAAAGAAAAUACAGGCGCGACUCACAUUAAAAGAAACAGCAAAAUCGAUUUUUUUGAAAGCGAGAAAGGUUCCGUUCAAGAUAAUGCCUUUGGUAGAACAGGAGAUUAAGAGAUUAGUAGGAGAAGGUAUCCUACAGGAAACUAAUACAUCUUCAUGGGCAACGCCUAUCGUGCCCGUAUUAAAAAAGGAUAAUUCCGUGAGGUUGUGUGGCGAUUUUAGUGUGACCGUCAAUCAGCAGUUAGUAGUAGACGAAUACCCCUUACCAACAAUCGACGAAUUGUUUAGUACGUUAGCAGGGGGGCAGAAAUUUUCGAAAAUCGAUUUGAAGCAAGCGUACCUUCAAAUGGAAGUUCAUCCAGAGGAUAGAGAAAUCCUGACGCUCAAUACGCAUCGCGGACUAUUUAAAUGUACACGGCUACUCUACGGAAUUGCAUCAGCACCCGCGAUUUGGCAGAGAGAAAUUGAGAAGGUAUUACAAGGUAUCCCCGGAAUUUCGGUUUUCCUGGACGAUAUAAAGAUUACGGGUCCCGACGACCAAACGCAUCUGGAACGGCUUAACGCGGUUCUUACUCGGUUAGCAGAAUACAAUAUCCGAAUGAACAUGGAGAAAAGCGAAUUUCUCGUAGAUGGCAUACAUUACUGCGGCCAUUACAUUGAUAGAAACGGGAUACAUAAGGAAAGAAAGAAAAUGGAGGCGAUCGAGCAAAUGCCACGGCCUAGAAAUAUUUCAGAGUUGCGUGCGUUUUUAGGCUUAGUCAAUUAUUAUGGUCGGUUCAUCCGGAAUUUAAGCACGAUACUCACUCCACUACAUACGUUAUUAGAAAAGGUAGGCGGCAAACCUGUACCAUUUAAGUGGACGCGGUCGUGCGAAGCAGCGUUUGCGGCCGCGAAAAGGGCGUUUACAAGUAACGAAGUGCUAGCUCAUUACGACCCUAAACUGCCAUUGAUUGUUGCAUGCGAUGCAAGCAAGUACGGCGUGGGGGCCGUACUUUCCCAAAAAUAUCCGGACGGAUCAGAGCGCGCCAUUCAGUAUGCUUCGCAGUCACUGUCCCGAACGCAAAGGAAUUACGCGCAAAUCGAUAAAGAAGCAUAUGCAAUAAUUUACGCGCUAAAGAAAUUUUAUCAAUUUCUAUACGGCAACCGUUUUACGUUAUACACGGACCACAAACCACUUACGCAAAUUUUCAGUCCGAGUAAAGCACUGCCAAUACAAAGUGCAAUGCGGAUGCAGCAUUACAAGAUCUUCCUGCAAGCUUUCAACUACGACAUAAAAUAUAAAAAUACGAUACACAGCAAUGCAGAUGCACUGUCGCGGCUACCGGUCCAUUCCGAAGACAAUAAUGAUUUCGACAUAGUGGACGAUUAUGAGAUUAAAUUAAUAGACUCCCUGCCCAUUACCUUUAAAGAAUUAGCGACGGGAACUGCGAAGGAUGCUAAAUUACAACAACUGGUACAAGCGUUACAAUCGGGUAGACACUUGAAGCCAAACGAAAGAUUUAAUGUCCCGCUCACAGAAUUCAGUUGCCAACAAGGCAUACUGAUGCGCGACAGUAAAGUGCUGAUACCGCGGAAAUUACGUAACAAAAUUUUGGAUGAACUGCACGAAGGGCAUUUGGGUAUUGUGAAAAUGAAGUCCCUGGCGAGAAGGUACUGUUGGUGGCCGGGGAUCGACAGUGACCUCGAGAGGUUAGCCAAAGAUUGCGGAAACUGUAACUUAGUAAGAAACAACCCACCGAAAAUACAGGUACAAACGUGGCCGCAGACAGAAAGAGUAUUUCAAAGAGUGCACAUAGACUACGCAGGACCUUUUAAGGGUCAUUAUUUCUUCGUACUGGUGGACGCGUUUUCAAAAUGGCCAGAACUGUUCAUUACAAAUGACAUAACAAGUAGUACGACAAUUGAAAAAUGUAGACAAGUUUUUGCAACCUUUGGUAUACCCGAAAUGAUUGUGUCGGACAACGGCAGACAUUUCACAUCACACGAAUUCAAAGAAUUCCUAAAAUUCAAUGGUAUUGUACACAAAACUACAGCACCCUUUCAUCCGGCGACAAACGGGCUGGCAGAAAGAUGGGUGCAGACCUUUAAACUGAUGUUAAAUAAAAAAUUGCAAGGCACAUUAGUAACUAAGAAAGAAUUACAGGUAGCAGUGCAUCAAAUUUUACUGCGUUAUAGGAAUACGCCCCACCAGUCGACAGGCGAGUCGCCGGCUGAAAGGAUGUUCAACCGCAGAUUGCGCACGCGUCUCGACUUACUACUACCAAGGGAGAACACGGUACACGAGAAGGGCCUUGAUAAGAAACGUGGAAUUGUACGAGAAUUGCAACUGGGCGAUAGAGUAGAAUGUCGAAAUUAUUACGGGAAAGAGAAAUGGGCUCUGGGUCGUGUAAAGCAAAGACUCGGAUAUGUACAUUAUGUAAUCCGUUUAGAUAACGGUAAAGAGUGGAAACGCCACAUCAAUCAAAUUCAAAAAGUAGGGAACGUGCCAAUACAGGGAAAUAAAGCAAGCGACAUAUUAGAUUACGGGCAGCCAAACGAUAUAAUUGUAAACGUACCUGCCGUAGCCGCCGACGAAACCGACAGUAGAAUAAAUGGGGAACAGCGUGAAGCCUCAGCGGAAUCAAACGUAGGGAUUACACCGCGUAGAUCAUCACGAAAUCGAAAACUUCCAACACGAUGCGGAAUGCCGAUUCCAUGGGAGUAG